GUCCAUUGCGAUUGUGCACGCGGGGAGACCAAGUGAAUGGGUGACCUCCAAGGAACCUCCAUGGAUGUGGCAGCUGAUUGAUAUCUGAAUACCAUCGUAUUUCCCGCCGUCUUUUUCCCCUCUCAACGUAUCCUAUUGCUGAGACUUCAUGUGUGUGAAAAAGCAGCCGAAACUACUGACCAACUGUGAGGCAAGGAUCUGUAAGGGUUGCCUGUGAAUGGGGGCGACCGAUAAGCCCUGUCUGCAUUUCAGGUGAAUAGGGCAUUUUCGCAAUCGUGAAUUCGAUGUUUGGAUGGCGCGCCUUUGUUGGGUAGUACAGCGCAACGCAACCAAUUUUGAAGAACACUGAUUGCUUGCCUGUGUGCAUGAUCGGGUAUCUCUGAGAAAUCACCUGUGCAAUCACAUUCACCUAUUGACAACCCGUCCGCGAGCCAACGGAUUCAGCAUACUUCACCCCUCUUUCCGGACAAACAAUUAACUUACUAGUCCGGCUCUUGCUCACCAAGUCAACUCUGCACACGCAACGUGUGUGCCAUGCCUACCCGACGAAAUGGACCCUCUCGAAGAGGUAGCAGAGCCGUCUCCUCGGAAGCUCUGACCUCUCGCGCAAACCGUGCAGUCAUUUCGUCGUCAUCGGCGCUUUCCCCGGAUCUAUCACCGGUUGAGUCGGGGAGCACUCAAUCUGCAUCCGCAAAACCAACGGGCUGGCGGAGCAGCGUAAAUAGGACCCGAGAGACCUUAUCCGUUCACAAGCCCAAUAUUGGCAUGUUGUUGUGGAUAUUAGCAGGAUUGGCGGUAUCCAUUCCAGUCCUCUUUGCGCUCCGUAACAGGUCACAAGACGCUGAGCGACAGGCGUACAGAUCAGACUGUCAAUCGACUGUAGCAGCAAUACAGAAUCAGAUGAUGCUCCCCCUCACCCUCAUAUACGGCUAUCGAUGGUUCUUCGACAGUGGCGUCAAUGUAACGCAGAAUGUCUUCCAGAGGUUCACCAAGUCGUAUGAGACACAAAGUUGGAUGGUGCCUUGGGUCGGGUAUGCCCCGUAUGUCACUCAAAAUCAGCGGGCUAGUUGGGAAGCAACGAAUGGACGUCCCAUCAGUCAAGGUCCCCGCGACGGUGAAUCGUUACCUGUUUCGCCAACGGAGGGCUAUGUGCCCGUUAAUCGUGCGGUGGCAGAUACGUACUUCCCAACACAAUAUGUUCCCGAGGGGAGCGAAUGGUUGAUUGGAUUUGAUGUGCUGAGCGACUCCACGUCACAACCCGCCGUUUUCCGUGCACUAAAUACUGGGUUACUAACGAUUGGACAAAAGGUUCAACUACGCUUCGAGAACGGGUAUCGCGACGUCCAUCGAUUUGUUCUCCCAUGGUUUGGCCCCAACGGUACCGGGAGGAGUCUGCAGGGAAUUUUUUAUGGGGUUUUUGACCCAUAUCAGCUUAUUGAUACCACUGUUCAAUCAACAACCGCAAACAUCAGUCUAGGACUUCAGGUGCUGGAUGCCAGUGGUGGCAAUGCAGUGCUGUACGCACAGCCCAGAAAUAGUACCCCGUCCGGGCAAUCCAUGGGAUAUUAUUCAUUCCCGGUAGCCGACCGCACAUGGAUCUUGUAUUGUUGGGGGAAACCAAAGCAACUGCCGGCACCCUAUGUGGCUUUUGUCUUCCUCCUUCUCACGUUUCUGCUACUAGCCCUUCUCACACGUUGCUGCAUGUUAAAAAGACGACAACGUGACAAAAGUGAUCCUACAAUCAUUGAGAACCCACGAAUGAGCCAGCGUCAGAUUGAUUGGAUGCGUACAAAUGCCUACUCCAUCCUAGGCGCCAUCCGCGACCCACUGCUUCUCAUCAAUCGUGAAGGCUACGUGAUCGAUGCAAACGAUGAAGGUCUUGCUCUCACCAAGCUCGUUGUUGAGGAUCUGAUAUUUGGAAUACAUAUAAGUAGAGUCUUCCCAGGUGUCUCUACUACCAAAUCGAGGAAUGGCGUAAAAGACAAGCAUUUUCUCAAGAUCUCGCAUCCGCCAGGUCCAUGGGCCAGCAGCACCAAUAUACCCGCAGCGGUCACUGGAAACGACGCUGUACAAGAAAAAGAUAACGUAGUUAUUGAUGUCGACAGUACGUACAUCAACCUGCCUGACUCCACACCGCGUGACGAGUACAACGCAGCAACCGAUGAUGAUAUGGUCAUACCAGGAAUGCAGGAAACAGUCUUGAAAACGAAAGAUGGCAGAGAAAUAACUGUCGAAGCCAAUUUUUCCCCCAUCGUUGACUGUCAAGACCAGAAAGAACGGAUUCAAAUGGUUUUGUUUCGAGAUAUGAGUGGGUGGAAGAGCAUCAUCAAGGAGACUCUGGAGGCGAAGGAUGCGGCUGAAAUGGCAACGACUGAAAAGAGCAACUUCCUCGCCUUCGUCUGCCAUGAAUUGAGGAAUCCUCUUCAUGUCGUUAUCGGACUCAACAGUAUCCUGAUGCAAUCAAUCUCCUCUGCAGCUGAUAAUGGGGCCAUGUCUCCUUCCUCUUCAGAUACCCCGUCACCGCCUCCUUCAACCACAGAACUUUCUGACGGUAACGGCGGCUCGAAGAGCAAUCAGGCAAUGACCUUGAGUCCUGAAGGUCUUGAGCAUCUGGCUUCCGUUGCUGACGCUGCACGAGUCAUGAAGUUUAUUUUAAACGACAUGCGUCUAUUAUCUAAAAUUGAGGCCGGAACAGUCGAGAUUGAGCGUGUGCCGUUUGACUUGAAGGCGCUGACUGAGAGAAUGUAUAAAGCUCAGAUGGCAUGUAAACUUACUAACGGCUUGGACGACCGUGGCGUGUGCGAAGCUGUUCGAUGUUCUCCUGAUGUCGACUUCAAGCUGGUUAUAAAGGGACUUGAAGAUGUCCCACCAGUUGCUGAAGAAGCCGAUAAGACUGUUGAAUUGGGAUCGAAGGAGGCUCCAAGUAAUACAUCAGGGAAGGAGUGGUUUCCUGCCAGAGUCAGAGGCGAUGCGACGAAAUUACAGCAGGCUCUGCUACAUCUCGUGUCCAACUCUUUCGAGAGCACCAAGCGAGGAAGUGUCAUUUUAAGGGUGAUCGUUGAGGGUAUCAGACCGAUACCUGUUGAUGCUAUUCCGCAGAGUCCUAAGCCUAGCGAGAAGCGAGUUUCUUUCCGGGAAGGACUCGUCGAUGCAACAAGUCAGGUGUUGGUUCGCUUCGAAGUGGAAGACACUGGUGAAGGAUUCCCGACCACAGAUCUUCCGAACUUGCUGAAAAAAUAUUCGCCAGAAUCCGGAGCGGAUCGAGCGAUUGGAACAAGUGGCCUAUCACUCAACAUCACAAAUUCGCUGCUCCAGCUACUUGGCGGUGAAAUACAAAUGGCUUCUACACCAGGGAAAGGUACUAAGGUCUCGUUCUCGCUGUGGUUUGAUCUGCUCGACGAAAUCAGCCAGCAAGAAGAUCAGGAAACAAACGCAGAACUGAAAGGAUUGGGAAUCGCUAGUUCAUUUGGAAGUGGGUUGCCGUUUGGAAAAGAAAACGAAGGCCUUGUAUGCAGACGGGAAUCCAUCGCUAAAAACCCUGGCUGUAAAAGCACAGGUAUUGAGCAGCAAAUUACGCCUAUUCCCGACAGUGUAGUUAUCAGCCACGAUUAUGCUCGAGACUCCCCCGGAUUCGCGGACAUAACGUCGACCGAUAUCCAAAAUCGCGCCCCAUCACCAGAUUCAACUCCCGGAGGCAGUCCGUCGCAAAGCACUCCACCGCAAGCGAGUCCCUCCCUGUCAGGUGUUCCAUCCAUCUCCCCAAUUACCCGAACAUCCUCCAUGUCCCGCGCUCAAGCUGUAGGACGCGACCCGUCCAUCAUGCAUGUAGCUAGCCCUCGCAUCACUUUGUCAUCGCCAAACCUUACUCCAGGAGUACGCCGGUCGUCACAAGGAGACCGUAAAUCGCCGUCAAUCCGUCCCAAUGGGACCAAAAAAUCACCAAACCCCGCAGUACGGCGGCUAGGGACCCACCCUCUGAAAGAUAGACCGAUUCGUGUGCUAGUGGUUGAGGACAAUGAGGUGUUACUCAAAAUCGCUGCUACCACGCUGACAAGGGCUGGGUUUGAAGUACAACAGGCUCAAAACGGUGAGCAGGCUGUUCAGAGGAUCGAGAAGAAUGGGGAAAAGUACUUUGAUGUUUGCUUAAUGGACUUGCUCAUGCCGGUGAUGGACGGGUUCCAAGCUACCGAAGAGAUCCGCCGACGAGGCUGGACAAUCCCGGUCAUCGCCCUCACAGCCAAGACAUUGGAAUCGGACCGUCUGCGGUGCUUCAAAAUCGGGUUCAACUACUUUAUGACCAAACCUUUCCAACUAGGUGAUAUUGCCACCGUCAUACGCUUUAUGGUCGGUGCUGAGGCGGAACAGCAAGCUCAAGGCCCACAUGACGGUGCGACGCCUCAUCCAAAUUAUGGGGGGCCUUGGUCAAAGUUUACCUAGACUGCGAAAAUGUCUCGACCACCGUUUAUGAUUUGUUCGGUGACAUAGCUUUUCUCACUUGAUUGGUAUUUGUGAGGUUCGUAUGCGAUACCCCGCUCCAUGAUGAAUGAGUGAACAGUAUUUUUAUUGUGUAUGGAAUGUGUGCUGUCGUGCUCUCAUCAAAUGGAGAGACGUUCGAGGGGUUAUUGUUGUGGGUAUGGCAUGUAUAUUUCCAGCUGCAUUGGUCAACUGAGCCCGAUGGUCAAAUGUAACUUUAAACGCCUUCAAAAGUUACGCUCUUGAUCGGACUUCCC